UCCAUCAUCACCCGCGGAAGUUUUUACAGAGAGAUUCUGAGCGCUGUCAGUUUUUUUUUUUUAAAUACAUUUUUUCGGCACAAAUUUUGUCGUUUCGCGUGUUGCCUCGAGAACGAAAGACAAAGAGUAAAUUAAUUUUAAAGGAUGAAUUUUGCAUCGUGAACAACAAAGCUCGCACGAAGUGCUAGAACGUAACAGCUAAUAGAAUUGUGUAGCAUGUUGUUAAUUUACAUUUUUUUUUAUCGCUCGCCAACUUCAUAAACAGCCUAGGAAAGGAUCACAAAACGAUUUGAGCUGCAAGUUAGCAGCUGGCUUGCUUUUAUUAUAAGGUUAGUGUCAGCAGUGUUAUAUAUUGAUAGUUGUAUUUUUUGUUUUGAUUAGCAUGCUAAGCUAGUUUGCAACGCGAGCUGGCAUUCAUCAUUCUGGAUUUACAUCAAAUCAACAUCGCCCUUCAUACAUCAUAAUUAUAGUGUCAUUUUCUGUCAUCUUCACACGGCAAGGACUGUUCCAAAACAGAGGUUCAUCAUGCUGGGAGAUUGUGGCAUGAAAGAAUGGGAGAGACUAGCGCUCAGGAAGAACUCUGUCACAAUUCUGCAGGACUUAGUGGUGGAUGAUCUGCUGAUCCAGUGUCUGCAACAAGAUGGAAUCCUUACAGAAAACAUGGCUGAAACCAUUAUGGCUAAACCGACAUCCCAGGGAAAGAGUCAUCAUUUGUUGUUUCUUUUGCCUAAACGUGGCCCUCGAGCAUUCAGCAGCUUCUGUGCUGCUCUUACGGCAACAGAGCAACAGCAUCUCUGCAGACUGCUCAUGGACUUUACUGAGAGAGACAGGUCAGAUCUGGGUCAGUGGAAUAAAAGAGAGGGAGAGAGAGUAGGACUAAAGGGGAAGUUACAAUGCAGCAAUAAAAGCUUUUCAGAGCCAUCGCUGUCCUUUCCAACUCAGGAAUGUGUUAUACCUGCGAAAAGAGCCCGGACUCAUGAGUCCAUGGAGAUGUGUUUGGAUGCCGACUCUCCCGUGACCACAGCUGUUCUUCCCUGCAUGCCGGAAUUUUACCAGUCCCAUAGAUCACAGGCUUACCCAAUGCGCUCCUGCCCACGAGGACUGGCCUUGGUACUGAGUAACGUGAGGUUUGACUCGGCUAACUCUGAUUUAGACAUCCGGAGGGGAGGAGAGGUGGAUGAGGAGACGCUGAGGAGACUUUUCAUGGAACUGGAUUUCACAGUUAGCCUGCACAAAGACCUAACUGCAGAGGCAAUGCGCAGGUGCCUAGAGCAGUUUGCCCAGCGGCAGGAGCAUGCACAGUAUGACUGCACUGUUGUGUGUUUACUGUCACAUGGAGUUGAGGGAUCUGUCUACGGCACUGAUGGACAGCUGCUGGAGUUGGACUGGGUGUUUGAGGUUUUUGAUAAUGCCCACUGCCCCCUGCUCCAGAAUAAGCCAAAGAUGUUCUUCAUUCAGGCUUGUCGAGGAGAGGAGAUGGACAAUGGUGUGGACCAGUUGGAUGGUCAGGAACGGACUCAAUCUCCAGGCUGUGAACAGGGGGAUGCUGGCAGAGAGGGGGAAAGAGAUGACAAAGAGAGGGAGGAGAAAGACAGGGAGAGACUGAGAGUCAAACUGCCCCAGAGAUCCGACAUGAUCUGCGGCUUUGCCACCCUCAAAGGCACUGCUGCAAUGAGAAACACCAAGAAAGGGUCCUGGUUCAUUCAGGAACUGAACAGCGCAAUCAGACAGAGAGCCAACGACACACACCUGGCAGACAUUCUUGUGCAGGUAAACAGUCGAAUUAAAAGCAGAGAGGGAUACGCACCUGGUUCAGCCCAUCAUGGACUCCUCCUUGCUCGCCAGAAAGUUGUCCUUGGCUUCCGUGGUGAUGCAUUUUUAUCCGCGUGCUCGGGUUUCUCUGUCCUGCCGUGGCUGCAUGAACGGCCGUCAUUGUACCGAUCCCAUAACACCUACCCAUCUGACCUGUUAGCGUGA